UGUGCUCACAACGCCUACACACGUUCUCAGACGGGUCACAACCAACAACCGGCUGCAAGCAGAAGCCAGUCCUAUCGAACACGGCAGUUGCUGGAGAGAUAUGGCCUUCGGGUGGUUUCUCAUCUCCCUCUGGCUGACACUGUCCAUCUCAGAGCCUGGGACUGGGGAUUCCUCUACCACUGUGAACGGAGCUCUGGGACGCUCGGUCUCCUUACUUCCUGGGAUCCCAGUCGGAGAAGACAUUGCUCAGCUUGUGUGGAGACGGUUCUCACCCAGAGCGAAGAUAGUGUCAUAUUCAAACAAGAUCAGUGACUAUUACGGAUCUGAGGAGUACAAGCGACGGAUAACUCUUCAUCCCGGGAACUUCGGUCUGGAAAUCCGUGAUCUACAGAAAAGUGACUCUGAUGUUUAUGAGGUGUCUGUUACAGCAAGUACAGGAGCACAGACUCAGAACAAAAUGCGACUGGAGGUGUACGGUCCUGUGUCAGGUACAGUCAUCAUGGUUCAGUACAUCGCCAAGACUUGCAAUAUCACCUUGAUCUGCUCUGAAGAUUCAGGCAACUCCACCUUCAGGUGGUGGAGGGGAGGAGAAGUUGUGGGAACUGGCAGCCACUAUCACCUCCAGCGGCAUGGAGAGGCGAAAGGGGAUAAAGAAGUCCUGUAUGAGUGUGAGGCCCGGAACCCCGUCAGUAACGAAAUGGCAGAGGUCUGGCUGGGAGACAUCUGUGGAAAGAACAAAUCUGAUGAGAUUCCCGUCGUGGAAGGUGCCCUCGGAGAAGUGGCUUGGUUAACUUUUGAGAUCCCAGAAGCGGCAAACAUUACCAAUGUUGUGUGGAGAAUAUUAUCAAACUCAACCAAGAUAGCAGAAUGCAUGAAUGGGAAAUCGACAUAUCUCGAUACUAAAAAGUACAAGCAACGGAUAGGCUGUCAUCCAGCAGACUAUAGUUUAAUAAUCCAUGAUCUACAGAAAGAGGACACUGACGUUUAUGAGGUGAUUGUUACAACAAGUUCAGGAACACGGACUAAGAGGAAAGUGCAACUGAAGGUAGCUGAUCCAGAUCACAGAAAAUCAGACAAUGGUUGGAAGGUUGCCACCGCGAUCCUCAUCGUGAUCCUCAUCGUGAUCUCCUUCGUGAUCGUCAUUCUGUAUCUGGGUGAUGAUAAAAGCUGCAUAAAGCUGCAUCAUUCUCGCUCACAUGGGGAUGAAAGCCAAGGGGAGGGCCAGGCUUUGAAGAAUCAUGAGAAGAAGGCUGCAACCAAUGCCUCGGAAUAGAACCCAGCUCACAGAUACCCCCUCCAUCGGGACAGCGAGCACCUCUCCAAACCCAAUCACUGGGAAAUGAUGGCCAGCCCCUCCUGGCCCCACAAGCACAGAGGGUGUGUGUAGGGGGUGGUCCUCCCCUCUCCUGGAACCCCUGCCUUUGUUCAACAAUUCCAAAUUGCUUUAUAUACUGUGCGUUCUGCAGUGACUGGUGAUAACCCCACUCCCGGAUCUGGGAUCCUCUCUACUGCACAGAGGCCCGUGUCCAUAACUUGUCUGCCUGUCUCUCCCUCCCUUUCCUCCCUGCUGCUCAGAUCUAACCCUGCCCACCUUUCCUCCUGACUCUUAUGCUCAGAAUUUACAACUUUCUUGCCCUCUCUCAGUAUCCUCUCCUGUGUCCCCACCCAAAGCCCUGUGUCAACAUCAUUCCCCAGCAUCCCCACACAUCUCCAGGUAGUCCCCACACUCUGUCAUCACAGAAUGCUCCGUUCAUGUUCUCACCUUUUUUCUCGUCCCCUAACCCACCUGGGUAAAGUCCAUAAGAUCACAAGACAUUGGUACAGAAUCAGGCCAUUCAGCCCAUCGAGUCAGCUCAAGGCUGUUUGAUCAAGGCUGGUCCAUUUCCCUCUCAAUCCCAUUCUUCUGCCUUCUCCACAUAAUCUUCCAUGCCCUGACUUAUCAAGAAUUCACCAACCUCAGCCUUAAAUACACUCAAUGAUCUGGCCUCCAAAGCCACCAGUGGUAACAAAUUCCACAGAUGCAACACCCUCUGGCUAAAGAAAUACCUCCUCAUCUCCUUUUCAAAUAGACAUCUCUCUAUUCUGACAUUGUGACCUCUAGUCCUGUACACUCCCACAAUCAGAAACAUCGCAUCCAGUCUAUCUAGUACUUUCAACAUUCAAUAGGUUAGAAUGAGGUCCUCCUUCAUUCUUCUAAAUUUCAGUGAGUACUGUUCCAGAGCUAUCGAAUGCUGCUCAUAUGAUAAGACUCUCAAGUCCAGAAACAUUUUCUGAACCUCCUCUGAACCCUCUCCAAUGUCAGUACAUCUUUUCAUAGAAAAGUGCCUCCAACUGUUGACGAUACUGGAAAUGAGGCAAACCAGCCUCAGCUUUACAUCCUUGUUUUUAUAUUCUAGUUCUCUUAAAAUCAAUGUUAACAUUGCAGAUGCCUUCCUCACCACAAACUUAAACUGCAAGUUAACCUUUAGAGAAUCCUGCACAAGGAAUCACAUUUCUCUAGGGUUUUGGCCUGAAACAUCAAUUGUACUCGUUUCCAUAGAUGAGUUGCUUGGAUCUCCAGCAUCUGCAGAGUUACUCUUGUUUGUGGUUGUAUUCCCUUUGCACUUUGCAUUUAUGAAUUUUCUCCCCGUUUAGAAAAUAGUCUACCAUUUUAUUCCUCCUCCCAAAGUGCAUGACCAUUUAGUUCCCGACACGAUGUUCCAUCUGGCACUUCUUUGCCCGGUCUCCUCAUCUGUCCAUCUUUCUGCAGCCCCUCUGCCUCUGCAACACUAUCUGCCCCUCUAACUACCUUCAUAUCAUCCACAAACUUGCCCACAAAGCCAUCAGUUCCAUCAUCCAAAUCAUUGAUAUACAACGUGAAAAGAAUAAGUCCCAAUAUCGCUACCUGUGGAACACAAUUUGCCAGCAGCAGCCAAUCAAAAAUGUUCACUGUAUUCAUACUUCUUGUCUCCUUCUAAUUAUCCAAUGAUCUUCCAAUCCUAUGUCAUCUCUUUCCAAGGAUAUGAUUUAUUUUUUAUCAACGGGCUGUGCUACACCCUCUGCCUAACCGCCUGUCAUUUCAAUACAAUCUGUGUCCAUGGAUGUGAAGCUCCCAACAAUAACUUUCUUUCAGUUAUGACUCAGUGAUGCCCACAACAUCAUACCUGUCAAUCUCUAACUGUGCUACAAGACCGCCUAUCUUAUUUUGCAUGCAGCGUGUAUUCAAAUAUAACACCUUCAGUUAGCUGUUUUCCCUUUGAUAAACUUGUCAUCCCCAGCUGAUCAAUCGCACUGAGCUUCACAAUGUACUGCGGCCCCCACACUGUAACUUCCUGUUCCCCAUCCCACAACCCCUCCCGGGACAUCCCUUCCAAUUCUCAUUGCCUGAUUAACCAUUGACAUCCUGGAGGACAGUCCCAGAGGUUGGAGCCGAGGGUGGAGUCUGUGCAAAACCCAGGAUGUCGGAUGUUGUGGAGGAUCCUGUGAAGCCUCUCCCAAGAUUCUGGGGCUGUGGACGGCCACACACUGCAAGUGGUUUAUUGUUAAUAUUGUGUGCUCCCUGCCAACAUGAACCAGUGAAGUUUUCACCAGUGAAAUCACGCUCAGACUUUCAGCCCGAGAGACUGGUAAUGAGGUAUCGGGCAGAGGGCACAUUUUUUAUCUGUGCACUGUCAAAUUUAAUAGCUUGGCCAGGAUCUGUGGAGAGUUAAUGUUUCAGGUCACACACGUCUCUCUCCACAGGUGCUGCCUGACUUGCCUCAGGCUUCCAGCAGUUCCUGAUUUUCCUAGAGAUUUCCAGCUUGUACAAUUGCUUUAUAUUUACUGCUUGAGAUUGUCUACUUUAUAAUAAAUUCUUCUACAAUAUUUUC